CCUGUGCACACAAAACAGACUUUAUUAAACUACAUUAUCAACUACAGCAUAUUACAUCAAACAAUACACAGAUUAAUUGAAAACUCCAUGAUGGCAUGAUUAUUGUAAUGCAGAACUACUCUAUCUAACACACUCUGCCCAGGUUUAUGUAUCUAUUAUCAUAAUGCAUGUUUGUUUAAGUGUUACUUUGGUAUGUGCGUGCAUAUCGGUCCGAAAAUAACAAUUACUUGUACAUGCUUUUGUGUUUAUGCGUUGGCUUUUAUUUUGACAUGCCCGUACAUGCUGCGCUUCGCGUCUCUCCUGGAGAGGAUUUAACAAAACUAAGAGGCUUCUCCCGCCUUAAACGGUACAGACCCCACACGAACACGGACCAUUGCGUUUUUUGGGGAUUUGAGGGGGGAAGAGUAACUUCGUGCGUCCCUCCCUCCUUACGUGCGCCUCACUGCGACGUGCCGCGCGCUGAUGGAGUAACUCCGCGCGCGCCCUGGCGGGGGGCUGUCCAAUGGUUACAGCGCUUUGGCACACACCGCGUGCAAUCACGCUUGGUUUUAACUACUGUCCCGUGAGAUGUCGCUGGAGCGGCACCGUUUGCUGGUGCAGAUGUGCUGCAAUUACCAAAGAAGAAGCCUGUUGAAUGCACAGAAACAACACAUUUAAAAUCUAUAAUAUUGAACAAUUUUCCUUUAAUAUGUUGAAUGACAUUGCGGUCAAACACAAAUUGUUCUAAACCCAAAUAAAAGUGUGUGCUAAGACAUGGGGGACUCCAACUUCAGCCAAAUACCUUACAAAGAGACACCUGGGAGCCUCCCAGCAGGUGCGUGGGAUCAUUACACGGACGGCUACGAUAUGGACUACGGCGUCCCUCCUGAUGAGAUCCCAGACACCACGCAGGGUCAGGCAUUCUUCGUGGCCACCAUUGUCAUUGGCGCGGUGCUCGUCUGCAUCAUGCUUGUCUGCGGAUUUGGAAACCUCAUCUUCAUUGCCACGCUGAUGCGUUACAAAAAGCUGCGCAAUCUCACCAACCUGCUCAUCGCCAACCUGGCCAUCUCGGACUUCAUCGUGGCGGUGGUGUGCUGCCCCUUCCUUGUGGACUACUACGUGGUGAAACAGCUCUCCUGGGGUCACGGUUUAGUGCUGUGCGCCUCCGUCAACUAUCUCCUGACUGUGUCCCUCUACGUGUCCACAAACGCAUUGCUCGCCAUUGCAGUUGACAGGUACAUGGCUAUAGUCCAUCCUCUGAGGCCUCGCAUGAAGUACCAAACCGCCUACUGCCUGAUCACGGGAGUCUGGAUCGUCCCCAUUCUCAUAUCCAUUCCCUCCGCCUACUUUGCCUCCGAGACCAUGUACCCUCACGGCGGCACCACCCCGACCACGCACAAGUUCUUCUGUGCUCAGAUCUGGCCCGUUGAACAGCAGGUCUACUACCGGUCCUAUUUUCUGUUCGUCUUUGCUUUGGAGUUUGUGGUGCCAGUGAGCGUCAUGGCGAUGUGCUACACCCAAAUAUCCCGCGAGCUCUGGUUCAAGAAUGUCCCCGGGUUCCAGACGGAGCAGAUCAGGAAGAGGUUGCGCUGCCGGCGCAAGACGGUGUUGGUCCUCAUCGGGAUCCUGACGGCGUACGUCCUGUGCUGGGCUCCUUACUACGGCUUCGCCAUAUUGCGAGAUUUCCACCCGACGCUCAUCUCCCGCCAGAAGAACUCGCUGGUGGCCUUCUACAUCAUCGAGUGCAUCGCCAUGAGCAACAGCAUGAUCAACACUUUGUGCUUCGUCAGUGUCAAGAACAACACGGUCAAGCACCUAAAGAAGAUUGUACUGAUCCGCUGGAGGUCUACGUAUGCCCCCAGUAAGAUUGUGGACGAGAUGGAUAUCAGGACCUCCUUCGUGCCGGUAACAGAGGAGAUUGAAUGCAUUCACCUGAGGUGAAGGGAGGAAAGUAGCUGUCCCUUAGAUGUUACACUUCCACGCGUGACAGGGGGGAUUUUGACGUGGAACAUUUCUCUUGUGUUCCCAUCAAAUUUUAGAACCGUCAAAGCCAGACCAGUAUUUUGCACUGAUGCAGGUUAACCCUGCAGAUAAUACACAACUUCCAUUUGAGUUGCUAUGGGAAUGUAAUUGUUGUGCACAGUAUGAUUACACACCGUGUUCUUUUUAAAUGUUGUCGCGUGUGUAUAAUAAAGAGUACAUGUAAGACUUGUAAAAAAAGCUACUACUGCCCUUACUAACAUGUCGUCAUCCCAACUGGUCACAUACGGAUCCUUUUGGGACCACUGGGCCCUUCCUGUUGCACAGUGUAACACAGUCGUAAUGAAGAGGAAGCAACACAAAACACUUGCUUAGGCAACUAUUAAGGAUUAUGAAAAACAUCACGGUUGGGCAGAAAGGAAACUCAGUCAAACACAUGCUGAAAUUCAUAAGACACAUCACAAAUGUGACUUCAAAAUAAAUCAACACUGAUCUCAAAGAUGAGAACUGAAUCCUUUGUCACCACACAUCCAGAGCAUUUCUGUCUGGGCGCCUCAAAAGGAAGCAGUUACUGUAUGUUUACAUAUUUGCAACUAUAAAGGUUAAAGCGUUAAUAAAAAUUCAAAAGGCGUCCUUUGAUCAGAAGUGCGUGACAAAGCGACAGUAUUUGACAUCCUGGGAAAGAGAACUGGCUGAUCCAACAUUAUACCUGAGGUUGAUCUUCAAAAUAUCGAUUGUAAUGACUUGUUACUUAAAAUGAAAUGAAAAAAGAAAGUGUAUUUUCUUCAUAGUUGAUGCAUUGCAUGCUUUGUAUUUGAAUUGACUUUAUGUGUGCUUACUGUAAUAAACAAUCAGACAAGA